GUUGGCUUGCCAUUGGUGCUGCUGCUGCUGCCGAUAGCUCGUCCUGAUGGUGGACUGAUCCCGGCCGAAACUCCACCUCCUGGCCCCGCGUGAGAAAUGCUCCAGCGGCGUGCGUGAACCGGUGAAGCUCGCGUCGAGGAAGCGGAGAGACAAGAGGCGAGGCGAGGCUAAUCGAGUCUCCGGGCGAAGUGUAUUAGCGGCCACACGAAGCGGUCAGGAUGUUGCAAGUGUUAGCUUGUGGCGCCGUAGUUUUCCCCGGUUUGUUCUUCGCCUUCAGGAGGAUCCUGCCCAGAGUGUUCCCACAUUGGAGCGAUGCCGACGUGGUGCUCGUUAGUGAAAGGCUGGUGUCCUCCAUCCAUGCUGUCAUGGCAACCACAGCAGGAAUCAUCGUUGUUUCUUCAUGCCGGGACAACGUCAUCCACAGCAGACACUGGCUGGCCACCUACUUUGUCAUCCGGUACGGCGUGCCUUACAUGGCCUACGACCUCCUCGCCAUGUACCUCAGCCACUACCACCGCUUCCGGGUCAAAGGGCAUAAGGAGUACAUGCAGCACUCCCUGCAGACGGUGAACUCCUUCGUGCGCCGCGAGUUGCUGCUGGUGCUGCAUCACAUCGCCCUGCUCACCGUGCUGCUGCCGGUCACGCUGUUCUUUCGAAAUGGAAAGGGAGAUUUCUUCGUCGGCUGCUUGUUUCUAACCGAGCUCAGCACUCCUUUUGUCUCCCUGGGGAAGAUACUGAUUCAGCUGGGCCUCCAGGAAUGCUGGCUGCACAAGUUGAACGGCGGCAUGGUCCUGCUCACUUUCUUCAUGUGCCGCAUUGCCCUCUUCCCGUACAUGUACUGGAUGUACGGGCGCCACUACGGCAUCCCCCUCUACGCCGUGCCCCCCCACCUGCCACUCUCUGCCAACCUGGGCAACUGCUGCAUCCUGGCGCCGCAGGUCUACUGGUUCGUGUUGCUGUGCCGAAAGGGCUACCGCCUGUACCAGCGCAGUCGGCGGUCCGCCUCACCACCCAAAGUUGCCCCUGCAUUGCCCACAGACGCCCCCGCCGGAGGGGACGCCGUCCCGUCCACUUCAAAGAACGAGUGAUCUCUGGUGGCCGUCGUCGCACACAAACACGACUCCUCGCAUCCAACCCCCACACUCCUGUACCGUACGCCGGGAGGACUGCUGGCGUAUUUCGCACAAUUGUCACCCUCCAGUUUGAAAUCUGCUGCUAACAGUGGACCUCCCUGACAACGACUACUGACGUCUUUGGCGGUGUGCUUUUGGGAUGUUACUGAAGCCUCCUCCCCGUUUUAAGAUUUGAGCGCCGCCUUCGCUCCACGACUCAAAUCAUCUCUGUCGCCGUUAAGUGUGUGCGAGUGGCUGCUAUGACAGAUAUUUAUUGGGUGAUUUUGUUGUGCGAAUGGCGGCUCUUUGGUCUUGUUUCCGCUUCUAUGACUAGAAAGUUUUUCUCACUAGUGAUGCAGAUUCAGGCAGUAUUAACCGAAGCUAAUGUAGCGGAUAGGUUGUUUUUUGGGGGGGUGGGGGAGGGUUGUCGUGUACCCCAAGUUCCGUCCUUGGUUGGUACAUGACUGCUAGUUUUUUUUCUUGAAAUGUUUUGAUGAAUUGGCUGGAAGGCUAACACAUGUCACUCCGCGGUCAGCCGGUGCCUCAGAGACGAGCAAUAAGAUGAGGGUAGACCACAUCUGGUCAGCUUCCACCGACGAGGGCUUUAAACACUUCAGGUUUUUAAUCAUCAUUUGUAACGAAAAUAUCUUAACCUUUAAACGACUUGAUCAUUAUCAAUAGCUAGCAUAUCAGUGGUUGAUUUACAAUUCAGUAAGUUUUUCUGUUCUUACAGAGGAAGAAUGCGGGUUCUUCCUACUACAAGAUGAUAUCAUACACGGUAAAGCUUUAUAGGCGACUAACUGACAUUCAUGCGAAGAGGACCUAUGCAACAAAAAAAAACAGCCGUGCUGCAUGUUUACAAGACAUAAGUCAAAUUUGAUUUCCGUCUUGUUGCGUUCACAUAGUUUAAGAUUAGUUCCAUUAAAAAAAAAACCUGCAGUCAUUCCAGGUGAAAGGUUUCAUUUUGCUUUUACUGUUCUUAUUAUUAUUCUUUAAUCGGAAUCACUUUGGUUUGAGUGCGUAGUUUUUCCUUCAAUUGCUUGCGUACUGUCGGUCGAUAUUUAAGUUUAGAGUUGGGCGUGACCCGGUGCUAACAGAUAACCUUCAUCAGUUCAAAUCCACAAAAUAAGACUGUUUGGUCAUGUGAUGUACACAUGACGAUAUUUCCAUCCAUCCAUCCAUCCGUGAGGACCAUCUUUGCGUUCAACCCAGCAUAGAAAUCGACUGAUUUCGGCGACACAAAUACGUUUACGGUACGGGAUGGCAUCCUGCCUCAAGUGGACGAGUUUAAGUCCCUCGCGGUCUUGUUGACAAGUGACUCCCUAUUUGUUUCGUUGUGGUCAAGUGGGAGCUGAGCCCAAAAGGCAAAGAUCUCAAUUUACUGGUCGAGCUCCGGUCCUACCUUCACCUAAGGUCACGAGCUUUGAAUAAUGACCGAACUAACGUGAUCGGCGGUACAGGCGGGCGAAACAAGUUUUCUCCUUUGAGCGGCUAGACUCUCCCUUAGAGAUAAGGUGAGAAGCACUGUCAUCCUGGAGAAACCCUGAGCAGAACCGCUGCUCCUCCACAUUGAGAGGAGCCAAAUGAGGUGGCUUGCCCAUCUGGUCAGGAGACCUCCUGGACACCUCCCUGGGGAGGCGGUCAAGACAUAUCGGACUGGUAGGAGGCCUCGGGGAAGACCCAGGAUAGGUUAGCUGGCCUGCUAAAGAGGGAACUCUGGCAAGAUGAUGGAUGGAUGGAAAUAUAGAGUUCGGGCAGUGCUCGGCGAGGCGUUGCCUGUCGACACUAUGCACCUUUUUCAAGUUGCCUCGAAUUGCAUUUUGUAGUUUUCACUCAUCUCGAUGUCCUUUUGAAGUUUUAGUAAGUUGUUUUUACACCAUAAUGUGUGGUUCCGCUUUUCUAAACCCCACCGUCGCUAUAAAACAGAUCUGUGGCCAUCUUGUUCAUUUUAAUACCUGAUACAACUAAAGGUACAUUUGUUUGAGUACCAAAAUAACUCAUAAGAGUUAUGGGAGCUAAUACUGUAUCUUGCAGUUUUCAUGGGUUUCUUUAUAAUAAUUAUAAUAUAAUAAUUUCCUUAUAAUUACCACAAUCAGUUAAGUUCUUACAUCAAUAGCUAUGGCAUUGUGUUACCAAAAGAUUUAACUCAAUCAUUCAUUUUCUACCGCUUAUAAUCAUGAGGGUUGCGGAGGUGCUGGAGCCUAUCCCAGGACAGGACACCCUGGACUGGUGGCCAGCCAAUCACAGGGCACAUAUAGACAAACAACCAUUCACACUCACAUUCAUACCUAUGGACAAUUUGGAGUGGCCAAUUAACCUAGCAACCUAGGAGAACAUGCAAAGGGUGGAAUUGAACCCGGGUCUCCUAGCUGUGAGGUCUGCGCGCUAACCACUCUAUCACCGUGCAGCCCCAGGAUUGAACUCUUCUGAGCUAUUUUUGUUGUCAUUCUAGUUAUCCAAACAAAUGGCAUUUUAGUUGUACCAGGUUUUGAAAUGACCAAUGAACUGAAGAAACAAGGUGGUGGGGGUGGGGUCAAACCAUUUGUACAUGAAGGUACUUGUAUGUACUGCUACAAAUUACUUGUAAUUGCAGAAAAAACACAAACCAAUUAAAUAGAGUAAAUUUGGGCCACUUUGAGUUUUUCACGUGGAAUGUCUUAAGUUGAUCCUAUUUCCUCAGGGUUAGAUGUAGAUAAAUAAUGACGGAAGAUUUUGACACUGUGACGAGCAGGCUGAUUCUCAACUUUAGCGCAGAUAUCGUUUCAUCACUUCUGCUUUGUUCUUUUCUGUAGAUUCGUUUAUAUUUCACCGCCGUGCUUAGCGGGGGAUGCAUCUUUUGUACUGGUUGGUAAACCAAAGACUGUCAGGCACUUUAGUCCGUCGUAGCAACGUGAGCAAUGUGAAGAUGAUGCGUUUCGCCCAAAUAUUUACCACCACGCUAGUUUUUUCUUUUGUCUUAAUGGAUCAGUAAACCAUCUCUCUCUUUGCUCUUUUCGAUAAAUCUUUCCCGAUUGUUCCAUUCGUACUCGGCUUCAUUUUUAGGUUCAAUUGAACCCUAAAAUAGAAGAUGUUGGCUGUAGGGCAGCUACAACACUGAAUCUGCAUUAUACUCUAUGUUAGCAUUAGCAUGGUGGUUGUGGACCACUCACAAAAUGCGAAUCAAUGACGCUAAAGUAAGCUAGCUCUUUCCAGUCUGUGUAGAUUAGCUGCUAAUGCUAACCCUUUUUCCCAGGGUGAGCUAAAAAAUGUUAGCAUCGCGAUAAAGCUGUCCCUUACUGAGGGAAAAUGUUUUCCGCUAGCAGCGCUAAUGUAAAAUGUUUGGAGGUUAAAUGUUACCAGGCCUACAGUAUGCAAGUGACAGAAGUUGAGCACUUUUUUUAAAACAAUUUUCGGAAUGAUUAGCUGAUACUAAAGCUUUUCAAAGCUAAAAUCAUUUCCCGUACAAAGCUGUAGUGAUUGAUCACAGGAUGUAUUUCAAGUGGAGUUGUAGUUUAAUAAUUUAACCAGUGUAGCGUCAUUAUUUUUCCUUUUUUUCUUCCAUGAUGAAAUGAAUGCAGCACUGUUCUGAUAAAAAUGCACAAAUAUUUGAGCUGUGAUAUGAUGUGGUGGAAUUAUAUUGAUCGGACAGCGAACCGCCUUGUGGAAAAAUAUUGAUCAUUUCCAGUGUGAAAGGAAAAAAAAAAAGUUGUCAGGCGGUGUUUACAGUUGUGGCUCUAACUCUAUGGUUAUCAUCACCAGCAUAUAUAUAUAUAUAUAUAUAUAUAUAUAUAUAUAUAUAUAUAUAUAUAUAUAUAUAUAUAUAUAUAUAUAUAUAUAUAUAUAUAUAUAUAUAUAUAUAUAUAUAUACAUCAUUUACUAAACAAUCAUGUGUUAGGUUAAUUUAAAUAUUUGGAGUCAAUUUGCAUUGUUAAGACAUGAAUAAGAACUGAUCCCGGUUUGUUUAUUAGUUUAAGGCCUUUGCAUUUUUUGAACUAAAUUUAUGGUUAGGCCAUUGAAACUAGAUAUAUCAAUGUCUUAAAUUGGUUUGCUGUGCUUUUUUUGUUUGUUUUAGUCCAUUUUUAGCAUCCUGAAAUUAAAUUUUUAGUCUUUAAACGCACCACAGGCACAAACUUUGAACACUUUCUGCACCAACCUUCCCAUUUCCUCCCCGACCCCCGUGUUCUAUUUUUCCAAAUCAUUUUUUCCAUGGGUAAAGACAAUUGAUGGCUUGGACCUUGUUUUGUAGCUUGAUAUUUUUGGCAGAAUGGACAGGUUUUUAUGACAAAAUAUGAAAAUAUUGUAUGGAAGAGGAGAUAUAUGAACUUUUAUCUUCUACUUGUAAACUUGGAGCACCCCUUUAAAGGAAAUCAAUAAAUUUGAUUUGAUAGUCUUUUGAA